CUGUGGCUGUUUGGUUGUCAGGGUUCAAUAAAGCUUGUUUGAAAAAAAAAAAAAGUUCUAGCAAGCGCACAUGCUCAGUUUGGUGUAUUACUUCCUGCUGUGGGUGCUGACGUCAGGGACGUGUUAGGUUUUGUGCGAUUAAGAUAAAGUACUUAUGUAACCCAGCACCUAAGCGAUACCUUCAAGAUGUUGCCUGCUGCUCCUAUCAUAAGUGGCAUUCAGAAGCUGAUCCUUUAUGAGACCCGAGCAAGGUAUUUUCUUGUUGGAAGUAAUCAUGCAGAAACCAGGUACCGUGUUUUGAAAAUUGAUCGUACUGAGCCGAAGGACUUGGUUGUUAUUGAUGAUAAGCAUGUGUACACUCAGCAAGAAGUGCGAGAGCUUCUUGGUCGUCUUGAUCUUGGAAACAGGACAAAGAUGGGACAGAAAGGUUCAUCAGGAUUAUCACGAGCUGUGUCUGCUUUUGGGAUUGUAGGGUUUGUACAAUUCUUAGAAGGUUAUUACAUUGUGCUGAUCACAAAGAGAAGAAAGAUGGCUGAUAUUGGAGGGCAUGCAAUUUAUAAAAUUGAAGAUACAAGCAUGAUUUAUAUUCCAAAUGAUUCUGUUCGAGUUACCCAUCCAGAUGAAGCAAGGUAUCAAAGGAUAUUUCAGAAUGUAGACCUGUCCAGCAAUUUCUACUUCAGCUACAGCUAUGAUUUGAGCCACUCUCUUCAGUACAAUCUAACUAUACUAAGAAUGCCAGCUGAAAUGCUAAAGCCAGAAACAGUACCCCAUACCCGACAAGAAGGCUUUGAUAUUUUUGAAGAUGAAGAAUUAAGCAACCAAGGUGGGUCUGGUGUCUUUGGAAUAUGCAGUGAGCCAUACAUGAAGUAUGUGUGGAAUGGCGACCUGCUGCAGAAUGUGAAGGAUGUAGUACAUCGUGAUUGGCUUCUUUACAUCAUCCAUGGAUUCUGUGGGCAAUCUAAACUGCUGAUUUAUGGUCGGCCAGUGUACGUGACUCUAAUGGCUAGAAGAUCAAGUAGAUUUGCUGGGACUCGUUUCCUGAAAAGAGGAGCAAAUUGUGAGGGAGAUGUUGCUAAUGAAGUAGAGACAGAACAAAUUGUACAUGAUGCCUCAGUGAUGUCCUUCACUGCAGGAAGUUAUUCAUCUUAUGUGCAAGUGCGAGGUUCUGUUCCUCUCUACUGGUCUCAAGAUAUUUCAACAAUGAUGCCGAAGCCACCCAUUACUUUAGACCAGGCUGAUCCAUUCGCUUAUGCUGCAGCUUUUCAUUUUGACAAAAUGCUUCAAAGAUUUGGAUCACCGAUUAUCAUUCUGAAUCUUGUUAAGGAGCGUGAAAAGAGGAAACAUGAGAGGAUACUGAGUGAGGAAUUAGUUGCUGCGGUUACCUAUUUAAAUCAGUUUUUACCCCCUGAACACUGGAUUGUCUACAUACCCUGGGAUAUGGCUAAAUACACAAAGAGCAAACUGUGUAAUGUACUGGAUCGUUUAAAUGUGAUUGCUGAAAGUGUUGUGAAAAAAACAGGUUUCUUUGUUAAUCGGUCAGAUCCAUACUGCAGUGUCCUACGGCCAGAUGAAAAAUGGAAUGAACUUGGAGGAGUAGUAGGACAAUCUGGACGUUUACAGACUGGUGUGCUCCGAACAAACUGUGUAGACUGCUUAGAUCGAACCAAUACGGCUCAGUUCAUGGUUGGGAAAUGUGCUUUGGCUUAUCAAUUGUACUCUUUAGGACUGAUAGACAAGCCCAACUUGCAGUUUGACACGGAUGCAGUUAGGCUAUUUGAAGAACUUUAUGAGGAUCAUGGGGACACACUAUCUCUUCAGUAUGGGGGAUCACAGCUUGUCCAUAGGGUUAAAACCUAUAGAAAGAUUGCUCCAUGGACACAGCAUUCUAAAGACAUCAUGCAAACACUUUCUAGAUACUACAGUAAUGCUUUUUCAGAUGCAGACAGACAAGACUCCAUCAAUCUUUUCCUGGGUGUUUUCCAACCAGCGGAGGGUAAAACGCAUCUUUGGGAGCUGCCCACAGAUUUUUACUUACAUCACAAGAACACCAUGAGACUUGAUUAUGCAAAAAGAAGUUAUACGUUUUGGUGGACUCCAAAGGUCUUGGAGAACUUGCCUUUGCCUCUUGAUGAAGUACAUAAUUCUGAAAAUCGAAAGAAGAUGACUAUUAAAAAAUGUAGCAAGUGCAACGAAGAAACAAAUAUUUAUAAUGAGUUUUUUCGACCUUAUGAAUUGAGUAGUUUUGACGACACAUUUUGCCUGGCUAUGACAAACUCUGCAAGAGACUUUAUGCCCAAGAGUGUUGCCAUUGAUCCAAGUCCAUUUACUGUUCGUAAGCCAGAUGAAACAGGGAAAUCUGUUUCAGGAAAUAAGUCAAACAAAGAGGAAACUCUUUUACAAAGAAAGACUGCUGCAAGUGCACCACCACCCCAUGGUGAAGAAGCAGUAUCUAGUAGCUCCGAAGAUGACUCUGGGACAGAUAAGGAGGAUGAAGGAGCAGUUUCUCAGCGUUCAACACCAGUAAAAAAUACGGACACUGGCGACCAUACAAAAGCAUCAGAAAACUACAUGCAAUCAACAAAAGAUUCAUAUGGAAUUAAUCUUUCAGAUGUUCCUUCAGAGAAUGACCUGCAGAUAUACACAAGGUUUGUACAUCUGGGAAUCUGCCAGCAUAAGCAAGAUAAGAGAAAUCUGCAUAUAAGUUCAAAACCGUUGGAGAGUUUUGCAAAACUGAGCUGUAUAUCCUCAUUCUCUCAUGACAAUAUUUAUGAAGUUCAACCACCCAAAGUUGACAGAAAGUCAGUAGAAAUAUUUACUGCUCACAUCCAAGCUGGACGUGGUAUUAUGCAGCCUCUGGGAAAAGAAGAUAUGCUCACAUACAGAGAGUACAUCCGGAACCGCUACAUGUAAAGCAAGCAGCCAGGAAACAUUAACUAAUGUGGAUGAAGAACUAAUGUACUCCAUGUUGAAAUUCUGAAAUCUGGAGUUAUGUACUGUAAAAUAAAUAUUGCAUUUGUAAUGAUAUAUAAAAGAUACACAAUGAAAAGGACAUUUAUACCUGUACUGGUACUUGCACCUGUGUCAUGGCUUGGCACUAUCCUUGCUGCCUUCUUGUAUUAUUUGCACUGCAGUGUAUCUAACUAGGACUCCAUGGCAAGCAUUCCAUAUUGGUUUAGGAAUUAAUCAAACAUAGUAAGAACUUUUGUUUUGCAGCUUCAUCACUGCACAUAUAUCUAUAGGAAGGAUAUGGCUAUAACACCAGCAGCACAGCAUUUGGAGUUUGAUUGUUGUUGUGCUCUCCUGCAAUGUUCUACAUGUUGGUGAUACUUCUAGAUUUAGAUUGUUGCACUUGGAUGCGCUGUCCCUUUUUAUGGUGUUCAUUUGCAUCCGUAUGUAAGUAUUUGAGUGGACAUGUCGGCAAUAUGCAACAAACAGAUAAUGCAGGGGUUGCUAGGCAGCAGUCUGUUAUGAAUCAUUGCAGAGCCUUCGAUUUUAUCGUAUUUGGAAGAGUGCUGGACUGUAACAAUUCAUACUAGGGGCCACAGUAAGAUUUCAAUAUUUAAAUUCACUAAAGUUUUUCAUUCAUUUGUUGGUAAGAGUAGUUUCUAAACAUAAUCUAUACAUUAUAUUUAUUAUAUCGUUUUACAAUGAAAUGUACCUUAAGGGGUACAUUUCAUUGUAAAACUAUAUAAUUAAUAUAUAUUACAUUCAAGGGACUAAGUGAAAAACAAAGCAAGUAAAUCAUUCCUUUAACAUGUAUUAGGAUGGAGAAGGGUACAAAGUUGGAUGCAGUAGUCCAGGCAGAAUAUAAUGAGGGCAUGCAUUAAUGUUUUAGGGGGUGCCUUAAAAGAAACCGUAAUGGAUCUAGCAAAAGCAGCGUGCAGUGAAAUAAUGACAAAAUGACUCCAUAUCCCAUGGCAUGUGCUUAGUUGGUAGAGCAAACAAGAAACGGAUCCGCACACACGCUAUAAUCAGCAGUUGGGGGGACACCCCUCUUUAUUAUAUCACCUCGUGAUCAACGUUUCGGGGGGAUAAACCUCCCUUCAUCAGGAUAAGAAUAGAGGACAUGGUUCCACCUUCAUCAAAAAUGGUAAAAUAGUUGAAGGUCCAGUUUUACUGGGACAAAAAUUAUUUAAGUUUCCAUUAUAUUUCAUGUGAGGUUCCCAUCGACCAUAAGAGUAAAUAUAAGGAAAUAUAGAAAAAUAUAACAUUUAUACAUACGCUUAUUACAUAUGAAAUGUGUAAACUUUCUGUUUUGAGAUAGUACGGGGCCCAUUUACUUAGCUCGAGUGAAGGAAUAGAAUAGAAAAAACUUAGAAUUUCGAAUGGUUUUUUUGGCUACUUCGACCAUCGAAUUGGCUACUUCAAAUCGAACGUUUCGAACUAAAAA